AACUAAUUAACUCAAAAAAUGCCGCCACCCUCUACCGUCGUCGUUAGAAAAAUGGCUCUCUUACGCACAAAAUCCCGUUUAACAAUCCCAGCUCCCCCACCCUCCCCAAUCCCAACCGCCACCGGAUCCCGUUCCGCCGGCAACGAAACCUUCAAAACCUUCCUCGAGAACUCCACUCACCUCCCCCAGCUCUCUUUGCCGGAAUCCCGCUUCGCCUCCGGCUUCAAUACUACUCCCGCCGUCGUCGAUUUCCGAUCGCUAGUUUCUUCCGGCUGCGGUGAAGCCGUGGCGCGGAUGCUUCGGUCCGUCAAUGAAUUUGGGGCGUUUCGGAUCGUUAAUCAUGGGAUAUCCGGGGAGGAGGUUCUGUCGGUGGUGAAUGAAGCUAAAUCUGUAUUGGAAGAUAGUAAUAAGGGAGUUGAUGAUCGGAGAUGGGACGGGGACGACGGAAAUCGCGAGGCGAUUUUGCAGGUGCGGCGGCCGAAUGACAGCGAGGUGUCGGGAAAUACAGUUGUGGAGGCCGAAACGAACCGGGAAAUCAGCGAAAAGAUGGAGAAAAUAAGAAGGAAACUAGAAGGCAUCGGAGAGAAAUUAAGUGAGAUAUUAUGUGGAUUCGUGGGAGAGAAUGUGGAGAAAUUAGGAGAGAAAAAAGAGACAAUUUUUAGCAUCUACAGAUAUCAUCAUCAUCCAAAUGAUCUGUUUGAAAGGAAAAAGGAUCAUAAUACUAAAUUUUCAAAAAAUGAGAGAGAAAGUGAUGAGAAAGUGAUGAUGAAGCUUGAAAUUCCAGGAGAACAUUGCCAAUUUUAUGUGAAUUAUUCUUGUCAGCAACAAAAACAAUACUCACUUUGCUUUGAUGCUGCUGCUGAUACCAUUGUUGUCACCAUUGGUAAACAAUUCCAGGAAAUGAGCAUUGGAAAAUUGAAGAGUGCAAGAAGUGAGAUGAUAUUUGUACCAGAUUUGCUUGGAACACAAACCUCUUUCUCCAUUGACCUCAAAUUUUCAAACCCUAAUUUAUUAUUGAGUAAUAAUAAUAAUAAUUCCCAUUCAAAAAUCAUUUCCAUUUCUGAUCAAAUCUUCGUUGCCUUUCUUCUUCUUUCCCUUUACUUUCUUUACACUUACAUUUCUUCAUUCUUCAAACCCUAAAUAUACAAAUAUUCAAAAACCCUUCCCUCUUUUUUUUUUUUCUCGAUCUCUUCCCCAUCUUUGUGAUUUAUAUAUAUAUAUAAACCUAAUUCUAUGCAAAGUUUUUGGAUAUAUAUAUUGAUUGAUUGGCGUUGUUGGUUUUGUAUAGAAUUUUGUGGUGUGGUAUUUGGGUUUGAAAGAGAUUGAAGGGUUUUUAUUUGAAAUAUAUAUUCUACACAUUAUUUGUGUUUGUUGAAUAUAUAUACACAUUGUAAUACAAGUGUGUGUGAAAUGUUUGGGAAUGGAAAUCUCGAUUUUAGUGUGUGAGAGAAGAAAGUUUCGAGUGUAUUAAUGUCGAAGUUUCUUUGUAAAUUUGACUUUUUUUUUAUUUUUUAUUAAUGUUAUUAUAUAUAAAGCUAAGUUGUUGUGUAUUGAUAA